AUGUGUGACUGUCGUAGGGCCAGGUGUGAGGUCCCAGUUGUCGACGGCCACCUUCUGCCCCUCUCCCUCCGCCUGCCGCCCAGGGUAGUGGUCGGGGGGGAGACGGGUGGGGUCUGUGGGAUGGGCGCGGUGGCCAAGCUGGUGUCCGGAGGUCCGGCGGCCUGGCUCGGCUGCUGCGUGGCCCCCCAGCCGGACGGGAAGCAGACGGGGAGCGACCAGACACCGAAGCUGAACCGGGAGGAGUACCGGAGACACCUGGAGGAGCUGGAUAAGGAGAAGAGGAAGCGGGACGAGGCCUUUGCACAGAGGAAGGCAGAGAGGGCGGCGAUGAGGAUCCGGCUGCGGGAGAGAUACCAGCUCCGGCAGGACGAGAGGGACGGCGGGCAGCUGCGGUCAGCCCCUCGGACGGUGGAAGUGCCGGCGGAGCUGGCGGCCAUCGCCAGGACGGAGCGCGGACCCUCGUUGCUUGGGGACCUCCCGGGCCUGACGCAGCUCGGCACCGUGGCCCGGGACACAGCAGCUGAGGGUCGGCCCCUUCCUUACCGGGCCAUCCCAUCGACCGGAGGGAGCGGCUGGGUCAACCUGUACCGGCUGUGGCGGAGCGGAGGGUUCGUUAACCGGCACCUGGACAUGACCCAAAACUUCGAGAGGCUGGGCCCCAUCUACAGGGAGAAGCUGGGGAUGAGGGAGACUGUCAACAUCUUCCAUCCCGAGGACACGGCAGUGCUGUUCCGAUCGGAGGGUCCCACCCCGGAGAGGAUGACGCUGGAGGCCUGGGUGGAACAUCGGGAAUAUCGGGAGCACAAGUGCGGCAUCUUCCUGAAGAAUGGGGAGGAGUGGCGCAGGGACAGGAUGCUGCUGAAUCGCGAGGUGAUGAGCCCCGCGGCCGCCAGGAACUUCGGAGCGCUGCUGGAGCCCGUGGCCCGGGACUUCGCCCUCCUCGUCGACCGGAGGCUCCGGGCGGGCAGCGACCCCUCGCCCACCAACAUCCUGCCUGAACUCUUCCGCUUCGCCCUCGAGGGCAGCUUCCACCUGCUCUACGGCGAACGGUUGGGCUUGUUCGGAGACGUCGUUAGUCGCCAGUCGGACCGGUUUAUCUGGGCCAUCGAGAACAUGCUGAGGACCACUACCCCUCUGCUGCACAUCCCCGCGUGGUUGUACCGGGGGCUGAGGCUCCGAGCCUGGCGGGACCACGUCCACACAUGGGACAUCAUCUUCGAACACGCCGACCGCUGCAUGAAGGAGCUGGUGCGGAAGGUGCAGAACGUUCCGGAAGCCGAGCGGGGGUACCAGGGGGUCCUGGGCGAGCUCGUGUCCCGGUCCAAGCUCCCGUUCAAUGUCAUUAAGGCCAACUCAACGGAACUGAUGGUCGGCAGUGUUGACACGACAGCCCACAGCCUGCUCUUCACGCUCUUUGAGCUCGCUCGGAAUCCGGAACUGCAGGACUCCCUUCGCCGUGAAGUCACCGAGGCUCACCAGCGGGCGCAGGGCGACGUGGGUGCCCUCUUCCUCAACGCUCCACUCCUCCGAGCAACCAUCAAAGAAACUUUACGACUCUACCCCGUUGGCCUCACCCUUCAACGUUACCCAGUCAGGGACAUUGUCCUCCGGAAUUACCAUGUCCCUACCGGGACCCUGGUGCAGGUGGUUCUGUACUCCCUGGGCCGGAGCCCGGAGAUCUUCCCAGAGCCCAGGACCUACAACCCCUCCCGCUGGCUGUCCGGCCGUUCGCACCCCUUCCAGGCGCUGGCCUUCGGCUUCGGGGUCCGGCAGUGCGUCGGCCGCAGGGUGGCCGAGCUGGAGAUCGGGCUCUUCCUGGUCCACAUUUUAAGGAAGUUCCAGAUCGUCUCUCCCUCCAAGGCUGACAUUGAGCUGACCUACGCAUUCAUUGUGAUGGUGGACAACCCCCCUCUGCUCGCCUUCAGACCCAUCCCGGGACGGGGCUCGGUGGGCGGAGCCAAUCCCCGCAGCUGCUGCGACGUGAGGGCGGGACCAGGCUCGGUGGGCGGAGCCAAUCCCCGCAGCUGCUGCGACGUGAGGGCGGGACCAGGCUCGGCGGGCGGAUCCAAUCCACGCAGCUGCUGCGACGUGUGGGCGGGACCAGGCCCAGUGGGCGGAGCCAAUCCCCGCAGCUCGCGCGGCCUUGCCAACCGUCUCAGCGCCGCGGCCUCUCCGCGCCCCGUCCCCCGGCCGCCGCGGCCUCUCCGUCCCCCGGCCGCCGCUCUCUCCGCGCCCCGUCCCCCGGCCGCCGCUCCCUCCGCCGCCAUGUCGCGACCGCCGCAGGGCGCCGAUGACAACCCGUUCGAGAGGGUGGUGACUAUCUGAAGUGAGCUGCCAAAG